AUGUCUACCUUGGUCAACGCCCUGGGCUUCUUUACCUCUUCAACUCCGGCUGCUGCCGCCACGAAGGAUGUCCGCAGCAAAGAAGAGAUUCUCAAGAAGAGGAAGGACACCAUCGGGUGAGUGUUCUUCAGAGUUAUUGGGAAGAUUUGGUCCGAAUGGAACGUCCACCCUUAUCGCUCACAUUCCGACGUCUUAUCAAUUGAACUAAACGACCUCUUCCAGCUCCAAAUGCCAAAUAUUCUACUCGGAUGAUCCGUUCAUGGUCUCCCGUGCUUCCAUGCAAUAUCUCUACGACGAGAAAGGCAACAAGUUCCUGGACUGUAUCAGCAACGUCCAACAUGGUAUCCUCUCCCUUUAGGUCGGGAGACCCGCUCACCCAAUUCUUCCAGUUGGCCAUUGCCAUCCGAAAGUUGUGGAUGCCAUUUCUAAGCAACUGGCGACCUCCACCUGCAACGUGAGAUUCGUCUCGACUCAGUUGACGGACUGCGCCGAGCAGAUUCUCGCCACGUUGCCAGGUCUCGACACGGUGCUCUUCUGCAAUUCUGGGUAAGCGAUAGACUUCAGAAAGAUACGGUUACUAUUGAUAAGAUAAGAUAAGGAAUUAAAUUGCGGGUUUUGUUGCAAAAUGUGAAAUAAAAUACAGCCUUCAAAAGUGUUGAUUUCAGAUCGGAAGCGAACGACCUCGCACUCCGUCUCGCCAGGGACUACACCAAGCACAAGGACGCCAUUGUCAUCGAACAGUGAGUGAUCUCCGAUGCCAUCUCGCAUGGAACAAAAUGAUAUUUCAGUGCGUACCAUGGACAUGUCACCACCACAAUGGAGCUGUCCCCCUACAAAUUCGACCACGGAUCAACGGUCUCUCAGCCGGAAUGGGUGCACGUGGCCCCGUGCCCGGACGUCUUCCGUGGAAAACACAGGCUUACCGAGACGGAUUUGACCGACGAGGAGAAGCUGUACGCGGCCGGAAAGCAGUAUUCGGAUGACGUGAAAGCCAUUCUGGAUGACGUGGAAUCUCGCGAACGGGGAGUCGCUGCCUACUUCGCAGAAGCGCUCCAAUCCUGCGGAGGUCAGGUCAUUCCGCCGAAGGAUUACUUCAAGGAUGUGGCGAGCCACGUGAGGAAACACGGAGGACUGAUGGUCAUCGACGAGGUGCAGACUGGGUUCGGACGCAUCGGAAGAAAGUACUGGGCCCAUCAGUUGUACGACGACGGAUUCAUUCCGGACAUUGUGACGAUGGGAAAACCGAUGGGAAACGGAUUCCCGGUGUCUGCAGUGGCUACCAGAAAGGAGAUUGCUGAUGCUCUCGGAGGAGAAGUCGGAUACUUCAACACGGUAAGCGUCUUCCCAGAAGUUUUGAGUACGAUCAUUUCUUGUUAAGUACGGAGGAAACCCAGUGGCUUGUGCUGCCGUUAUCUCGGUGAUGAAAGUGGUGAAAGAGGAGAAUCUUCUGGAGCACAGCCAGGAAAUGGGAGAGAAACUCGAGGUGGCACUCAGAGAGCUGCAGACGAAACACGAGUGCAUUGGAGAUAUCAGGUAUUCAGAAGAACUCAGAGACAGCUCAUACGUUUUCCAUUUCCAGAGGAGUCGGUCUCUUCUGGGGAAUCGAUCUGGUGAAGGACCGAGAGAGCCGCGAGCCCGAUCAACAACUGGCUCUCGCCACGAUUCUCGCUCUCCGAAAGAGCUUCGGAAUCCUCCUGAACGCCGACGGACCGUACACGAACAUUCUGAAGAUCAAGCCGCCACUCUGCUUCAACGCCGACAACAUUCUGGAGACGGUGACGGCGCUCGACCAGGUCCUCACUCUCAUGAACCGAUGA